AUGGAACAUAGAAAUUCAUCAGAUUUUGAACCUAAAGUCUAUCAAGCAAUUGAUGAAGUCACUUAUCCAUCGUAUUUGCACAGCUCAAUUAAAGUUGAAAAUAUGAUUUGGGUAAUUACCAAAGAAAAUUUAGAGUCAACCGCGAAAAUAUUAGUUGAAAGUACAAAAAAAUCACAUAUUAGCCAGAAAUUUAUUCAAUUUACUAUAGAUGCAGCAACAAAACGUUAUGAUUUGUUGGAAGCUUUAAAAUUACUUAUCAAUGUUAAUAAAUACAAUGUAAACGUCAAGAAUAUAGAUCAAUUAAUAAAUUCUCAGAACGAAAACUAUUCAAUUUUUAUCAAUGAUGAUAUUGAGAAAUAUCAAACUCAUUGUUAUGAUAAAAAUAGCAAAUAUAGCUUAUCUAUUUCGGCGAAUAUUUACAAUGCUGCUGCUUUUGGAGCUAUAAAUAUCUUUAAAUUUUUAAUUAUGAAUCAAGUUUCAUUUGAAAAUCAAUCAAUUGCGAAGAAAUCCGUCGUUGGCGGUAAUUUCGAACUUAUUAAAACACUUGUCAAUAAAGGAGUUGAAUUCAAAGAUACUUUAGUAGAAGCAUUAAAAUAUCACAGAAAUGAUGUUGCUGAUUGGAUAAUUUCUAAUUACGGAUGCUCGCAUAUUAAGCCAUAUCACUGUAUAAAGUGGGGAAAUAUGGCUGCUGUAAUUUUUUACAUAGAAAAUGGAAUGAAAAUUGAUAAUCACUUACUAGAUCAUGUUGCUGUGAAUUUCUGCAUGCCUAUGGUUGAUUAUUUAAUUACUAAAAAGGCAAAUUUCGCUACCGAUUCUGUAGUUGAAGAGGCUGUAAAAGUAAAUAAUUAUCAUUUGCUAAAAAUGAUAUUUGAAUCCGGAUAUAAGCCCCCUCAAAAGCUUUUAAAUCAUCAAUUGAUUGUUGCAUGCCAGCACGGAUACUUAGAAGCUUCGAAAAUUUUAAUUCAUUCAGGUGCAGACGUAAAUAGCAACACAAGCUCUGUGGGAACCAUGGCAGGAACACCAUUAUAUUAUGCAAAUUUAUCAAACAACAAAGAAUUGCCAAAAUACUUGAUUGAUAAAGGAGCAAUGAGAUGA